AUGUUUCCUAGGAAAUUGUAGUUUACCUUUUACUACAAUAUUUGUAGCUUACGAUUAGUGCCCUUCUCAUGCAUUACCAUUCACUCAUCUGCUUUUCUUGCUGAACGUGGCCUGCGCACAUCGCAUUCUCUAAAGCAGCAUAAUUUGUUAACAUGGAAAAUAAUCCGAUUCAAUUUCAUGCCCAGUUAACCACGCGUAACAUCGCAGCUGCCCAUCCCAUGGCUAAUAUUUACCAAUUCCUCUUUCUUUACCACAUCGGUCAUCUCGUUUCGAUCUCCCUUCCAUAGUGCACAAAAUCUUCACGACGCAUACUUUAUUUGUCAGUUUCCAUUCAUGUUUCCCGAUCAUUUUCUUUCCAAGGUUUCAUUUCGUUGAAAAUCACAUUCAAGCGAAGCAUAAAACAUAACACCACAAAAAACCCAACAACCAACUAACCACCGAUCAAGGUCAAAAUUCACGUAAGGUGAAAAUUAGGAUUUUCGCCUCGGCUAACCUUGGGCGUUGGUUUCGAAGGCAUAAAAAACAGUUUUGGUCAGACCAUAUUGCUUCAGCUAGCUUCGGUCAAUGAAGAAAUAAGGGAGAAAAACGUUAAACGCAUCGACAUUCGUUUGGCGCUAAAGUUUGCGUACCAACCAUGGACAUGUUGCUCGUUUGACUGACUGCUGCAGCCAUGAAACGUUUGCUCGCUACGCCCACGAAUUCUAGCUGUCGCAUGCCAUGACCAAUCGUCGUGUCACAGAACUGAACCUCAAAUUAGCGAAAUCGUACCGAUUGCCUAUUUUUGAAGGGCCUUACCACUGUUUCUUGGCGCUAAUUAGUCAAUAUUUUAUUUCGCAUAGAACUUGACUGUCAACCAUCCUUUGAGUGAGCCACGACAAUAUAAAUACCCAACACAUUUGUUCGAAAAGUAUCAUUCGUCAGUUAACCGUUCUUACAAACAGCAGCAGAAGCAACAAUCCUCAAUACCGUAGCAAAAAUGUUCAAAAUCAUUGUACUAACUGUUGUCUCUCUGGCUGUGGCUGCAUCGGCCCAGUACUGGGGUGGAUUCGGUUACGGUGCUGAGCAUCAUGGCCAUCACGACUACUAUUCGCAUCCCAGCUACAAGUUCGAGUAUGGAGUGAAGGAUCCCCACACCGGUGACCACAAGAGCCAGUGGGAACAUCGGGACGGAGAUGUCGUCAAAGGAGCCUACACCCUGCACGAGGCCGAUGGAACUGAGCGUGUUGUGGAGUACUCGUCCGACAAGCACAACGGCUUCCAGGCUCAUGUGAAACGUGUGGGCCAUGCUUAUCACCCACAGGUCUACGGACACCAUGGUGGCUAUUAUGGAGGACAUGGCCAUGGUGCAGGAUAUAGCUACAGCAAACUUGAUCAAGUGACUUCAAUGCUACUGAUGGUGAUAGCUAUGGGAAGUGCGUAUGUCACAGGCAACGGAUACAAGAUCCUUACCAAACAUUCGUCGCAAUACUUUGGUAGCGGUGCUAACUCCAUUGAUUCCUAUCAACCGCUGGGUAUUGGAUCGGGAUACAGUGAAGCCGGUCUAGUCGGAUACAAAUCCAUUCAGGAUGGUGGUUACCCGGAGAACGGUUAUGACUACAGUGAUCACUACGCAUAUCCAAAGUACAAGUACGAUUACGGUGUGCAGGACGCACACACCGGUGAUCACAAGAGCCAGUGGGAGAUCCGUGAUGGGGACGUCGUCAAGGGUGGCUACACGCUGUACGAUGCCGAUGGCACAAAGCGUGUAGUGGAAUAUACUGCGGAUAAGCACAACGGAUUCAACGCCGUGGUGAAAAAGAUUGGCCAUGCGAGCCACCCACAGGUGUACAAGACGGAGCAUGGCAUUUCUGGCGGUGGCUACGAUGAAGCGGAGGGUUAUAGCUACAGCAACAUCAAUCAACAUCUGUAAAAUGUGACCGUUAGUCGGCAGAGUACGCCUUUAUUUAUUUACACUGCCUGCUUUUUUCUCUUCGCUUUGCGCUCGGUACAGUAUUCGAUCGCUGCCCGAAAUACAUGUAUUGAAGCUAUAAAUAAAAACGCCUGAAUGUAUGCACAGCUCGAAGCGCAUAAUUCGAGUACGAAAAUAUAACAGUUUUGUUUGUAAUUUUUUAUGAAUUCAUUUUUUGAUCCCUGUGAAAAUUAACAUAAAACGCUAAUUAUAUUUUCAAUAUAAAUUUUAUACCUUUUAAACUCUCCUAGACGUAGUAGACUAUUGAGCAAGCUUGUUUUUCAGAGCAUACCUAAAUGUAGUUAAUUCAAAAUUUAUAUUUUUUCCCUGCAUUGUCGUUUGUUGAUUUUGUUCGUUAUCGAUAUAAUCCAGAAUUUUACUGAUAUUGAUCAAAUCAUGCAGACAAUAGUAGUGGAAUUUCGCACGGAAUUUCACAUUGAAAAUGUUCAACAUUACAGAAA